AUGGCCACGAGAGCACUGGCGACAGAAGAUGGGGCACAUCAUACGAGAAGAGCCCAAUCAGUACGGGAGGUGUACCACCUUGUUCUUGAGCUGUGCAAUUGCAGCCUUCAGGACCGGAUCAAGUACAAGGGGCAGCUUGAUGAGCAAGAAUCUGCAAAGAUUGUCAUCGCUCUCACCAAGAUGCUAAAGAGGGUUCAUGACAAUGAGAUCAUCCACUGCGAUCUGAAGCCCACGAAUGUUUUGCUGAAGUACCCGCGACCUGGGAAGUUUUAUGUCCCAAAGCUGUCCAACUUUGGGAUGGCUUGCUGGAUGGAGGAUUCGUGGAACAAGCGUGGGGUUGGGACUUGGGAUUAUAUGUCCCCCGAAGCGAUGCUUAAUGGGCGUUAUAUCACAGUUAGCGAUGUGUGGGGUUUAGGGAUGUUGCUUUACACUUGUCUCACAGCAAAUUGUCCAUUCCCAAAUCUGGAUUUGAAGGUGGUAUUUAAGAAUGCACAUAAGAGAGAUCGAAGUACAAGCAAUUUCCAUCACAAUUCCAUGGAUUGGGAUAGCAUUCCAUCCCAUUCUGCAAGGCAGCUUAUCCAAGGCAUGACGGAAUUGGAUCCCGGAAGGAGGUUUACUUUGGAAAAGGGCGCCCCUCCAGAAAUAACUGGGACCCCUAUGGAAGUGGUUGUUGUUGGAUGCCCUUUGACCCCUGAAAAUGUUUGUAAUGGUGAUGCCGCUAUGCUGAUCUUAUUUUCCCCAGCUAUCGUUGGAAUCAAGGAUCCAUCCAGACUAUGUGUUCCUGAAGCUGUUCAGAAGUGUCAAAUUGCUGGCAGUGUUGUGCAUGCAUUCUUGGCUUAUAAAAACCAUAUUACAGGUCAGGAUGGUAAUUGGAGACAACAUAACAAGUGUCAAAGCUUGAGUGUAUAG